AUGACCUGGCUGGAGAAAUAUCUCAUUACCAGAGGAGGACGGUGCAAGCCGACGCCAAUCGAGACAACGCAUAUUAUUGACUGGCCCGACAACCCCGUCGAGCCCGUACAUCCAUGCAAGGAGGCAUUGUCUCAAGAGAAGAUACUUCUCGAGGACAUGGAGCGGCUGUCCACGCUGGCUCUUAAGCAAUUCGACAUCUCCCUGGCGCAUGCGAUCCAGUCGCGUUUCAUGCGCAAGGAGACCAAGAUCGUCAAGGACUGGGGUGACUUGGUAAGACAUAUCGUCCGAGUGUCCAAGGUGCCCGGCUUGGGACUCCACGAGAUGGACACGCAGCUUCGUAUCAACAGAGGACAGCUGCCGUGGACCAACUACAAUGACCCGGAUCUGCACCUUAAAGAGAUUGAGGAUGUAUCUCAGAAUCUUCGGGAAGGGUUGGACCUCUCGGAGGCCAUACGAUGUUUGCCCCAUAGAUAA